AUGGAUAGAUUUGAGCACAUUGGGUUCCUGGUUCAGUUUGGUGAUAAGGCUGAAGGAAAUUGUUUAAGUCAAUCAUCUCCGUUUUUUGCGAAUUCGGAUCCCGACAUGCCUGCCGUUCCCGUUCCUGUUACACAAGUUCAUGACUGGCUUAUGCAAAAUAUAACUUCUGCUCUGGAACAUAUUUCUGAAAGGACUUCUGCAAAGGAAAAUGGGCCAGCCAGUGCCACUGAUCAAGAUGUUGCUAUGACUGAUGCAUGCACUGUCUCGGUUAAGUUUUCAGCUAGUACCAGGGAUUCAUGUUUCAUUGAAGGAGUCUCUAAAUCGUCUUAUGUGAAGCAUGCAUCUGACAUGAAAUGUUCAUCUGUUAAGGUUCUAAAUUGCCAAGAGUCUACCAUCUAUGUCUUAGCACCUUUGAGAUAUGCCAUUGUCUAUGGAUGCUCAGAUGCUACAAUAGUUCUUGGAGCAGUUGGCAAGGCUGUGAGAGUCGAACACUGUGAACGGGUUCAUGUGAUCGUGGCUGCAAAACGUAUUUGUAUUGCCAACUGUCGUGAAUGUGUUUUCUUUUUGGGAGUGAAUCAGCAACCUCUUAUAAUUGGUGAUAACCAUAAACUGCAGGUGGCACCGUACAAUACAUGUUACCCCCAGUUGGAGGAGCAUAUGAGUGAAGUUGGAAUUCUGCCCACAGUGAACAAAUGGGAUGAAGCUCUGGCUUUGGGCAUUCUUGAUCCACAUGAUUCAUUAUCUCAUCCAGCUGGUGUAUCUGAUGUUCAAGCCGAGUCUGCUACACGAGUGGAUCCUGAUCAGUUCACAAAUUUUGUGAUUCCAAACUGGCUUGCAGAAGAAUCCACUGGAUCUACAAAAGACAAUCCAUUUGCAUUACCAGAUUCAUAUGCGGCGUCUCAGCAUAAAAAUAAAAAAAAUUUAGGGGAGAUAUGGCGGCUAAUACACGAAGCUUCUUUAGAAGACAAUCGUAAACGAGAAUUGUCGUCUGUGCUUCAUAUGUACUUCAAGGACUGGUUAUAUGCUUCAGGGAAUAUUCGUCAACUUUACUGUCUGCAAUCGGAUUAA